AUGAUCAUGCCUGCUGUCGCCAACGCUGCGGCUCCUAGCAAAUUCGACACCGUUCAGACAUGGACGUGCCGAUGGAGAGGUGCUGUGGGAGCACCCGAGAACUUUGAACCACUGUNNCAAUUCUCUUCUUAUGCUCCCAUCCCACUCUUCAUCAUCCACCUUCUGCUCUUGGUCCAAAGCAUUCAAGACGCUGUUGCUACUCCUCAGCAACAGCCGACCACAUUUGACGAGGAGCUGGUUAUCAUUACCAAAAGCGUCGAAGUUGCUACGACAGCUUCAAACGAGAGUCCACGGAUCAAGUAA